AAACCAGCACGCCUUUCUGCUCACUGAACUGCAAACUGCUCUAAUCCAAGACUGCUCACAAACAAUGGCGGCGAUUUCGUGUCACUCUGCGGUUCCAUCAAACAAAGUCUCUCUCUCCUCGUCUUGCUCUGCUUUCUCCAGUAAUCUUCUGUCGCGGUCUUCCCGAUUUACCAGUGCAUCGGUGCGAUCUCAGGCAAUUCAUGGAAGAAUCUCAUGCCAAGCUUCUUCCGCUACAUCUUCAUCUUCCUCUUCCGUCAAUGGCCAAGCAACGCCAGAGAAGACGGAUUUUGUACACAUUAGUGAUUUUGACAAAUCCACUAUUAUGCGGAUAUUGGAUCGAGCUGCAGAGGUCAAGGCUUUGUUGAAAUCUGGAGACCGGGCAUUUCUUCCAUUUAAAGGAAAGACAAUGGCUAUGAUCUUUGCAAAACCUUCAAUGAGAACACGGGUUUCAUUUGAGACUGGAUUCUUCUUGCUUGGAGGCCAUGCUAUAUAUUUAGGACCUGAUGAUAUCCAGAUGGGAAAACGAGAGGAAACUCGUGAUGUUGCUCGUGUUUUAUCUCGUUAUAAUGAUAUAAUCAUGGCACGUGUUUUUGCUCAUCAGGAUAUUCUUGAUCUGGCAAAGUAUGCAUCUGUACCUGUCAUUAAUGGCCUGACUGACUACAACCAUCCUUGCCAAAUAAUGGCUGAUGCCCUCACAAUGAUUGAACACAUUGGUCAGUUGGAAGGAACCAAGGUUGUCUAUGUCGGGGAUGGGAAUAACAUUGUGCACUCUUGGUUGUUGUUGGCAUCUGUUAUUCCUUUCCACUUUGUCUGUGCCUGCCCUAAAGGUUUUGAACCAGAUGCAAAAACAGUUGAGAAGGCACAGCUGGCUGGAAUUAGCAAGAUUGAGAUUACGAAUGAUCCAAAGGAAGCUGUUGUGGGAGCUGAUGUCGUAUACUCAGAUGUGUGGGCAAGCAUGGGCCAAAAAGAAGAGGCUGCACACCGCCGGAAAGUAUUUCAAGGAUUUCAGGUUGAUGAAGAUCUUAUGAAAAUAGCUGGUCCAAAAGCUUAUUUCAUGCACUGUUUACCAGCAGAGAGGGGUGUGGAGGUGACGGAUGGUGUCAUUGAAGCUCCAAACUCUAUUGUCUUCCCACAAGCUGAGAAUCGCAUGCAUGCACAAAACGCCAUAAUGUUACAUGCGCUCGGUCUUUGAGUUCCUUUCCUACUAUCCAGGCUCGGACCAUGAUGUGAAGCACUGCUGUCUAGCCCGUUGGAUAGAAAAUGUUCCCUUUGGAGUUUGAGUUCCAGUUGGAAUAGAUGUAGAAUGAUGACAUGAGCACCAUUCCGUUUUAUUUUUUUAUUGUUCUUAUUAGCUGUAAGUUAAGAAUUCAAUCAAUGUGGUUUGAAUUACGAGUAUGCUUGAAGAAACUUUAGAAUCAUCUGGAAGCUACUCGUCAGUUUUUGCGUCCAGUGCAUUAGAUGUUCCAAUUUCUGAA